AUGGGUGAACACAUACACCUUCAUACGGACUCUAAGCAGGUUUGUGGGCGAUUGCAAAGUGACAUGAAAACGAACAUCAUCCUGGAGUCUCACAUCAUCUGCUGCACACUGAGCACCAGUGGGAGCAGCCUGCUGGGUGCAGUAUUCCAGCGGCUGGACUGUGAUCCUCUGAGCUGCGUCAUCGUGGACAUGGCCAUGCAGGCUUGUGAGGUUGAAACUAUCAUCCCACUCAUUCAUGGCUGCAAAAAGCUGGUCCUGGUUGGAGACCCAAAGCAGCUCCCUCCUACAGUUAAAUCUAUGAAAGCUGAGGAUUACGGCUACAGGCAGUCUCUGAUGGGCCGACUCUGCAGACACCUGAAUGGGCAAAUCCAAGAAAAACACAGUGACAGGCUUCCAGUCCUGUGCUUGAGGACUCAGUACAGGAUGCACCCAGAGAUCUGCCUCUUCCCUUCCAAUUACAUCUACGACCAUGCCCUGAAAACUGACCGAUGGACAGAAGAGAGACGAUUCUCUUUGGAAUGGCCCUUCCUACCGUACCUCCUCUUUGAUGUUUUGGAUGGCCAGGAAGAACAGGAGAGCAAUUCCUUCAUUAAUCUCCAGGAAGUUAAGCUGGUAAUAGAAUUAAUGAAGUUAAUUAAGAGCAAAAAGAGAGACAUCAGCUUUCGCAACAUUGGGAUCAUCACCCCAUGCAGUGCUCAGAAAAGAAGGAUCCUGAGCCAGCUGGAGAAAGAAUUUGGAGAAAAUAGGUAAGAAUUUCACAAGCCUUGAAUGGCAUUAAAAUCCCUUUAACUGGGCCUCUUGAUUCAGCAGAGUGUCAGUCAAGUUA